AAAUAUAUUUUCCUUAUUUUGAUUAUCGUAGUUCCAUAGUAAAAAUGGCGCUGUGUUGUGCUAUUUCCAAUGAAGUUCCAGAACAUCCUGUCAUAUCUCCAGUGUCUGGAGCCAUAUUUGAAAGGCGUUUAAUUGAAAAGUACUUGGUAGAGAAUGGGGUAGACCCCAUCAAUGGCAAGGAACUUGCAGCUGAUAUGCUCAUUGAUGUUAAAACGACACCCGUGGUCAAACCAAAGCCUCCAUCAGCAACAAGUAUUCCUGCUAUUUUAAAAACACUUCAGGAUGAAUGGGAUGCUGUAAUGUUACAUAGUUUUACUCAGCGUCAGCAACUGCAGACUGCAAGACAAGAAUUGAGUCAUGCUUUGUAUCAGCACGACGCUGCCUGUCGUGUAAUUGCUCGACUCACUAAAGAGGUAACUGCUGCUCGUGAGGCUCUUGCAACGCUUAAACCGCAGGCUGGAAUGACUACAAAUCCUGCAGGAAUCCCACAACCAGCAAUUGCUGUGGAAGCAGGUGGUAUAGCAAACCAACCAACAGAGCAGGCAGGCAUGACAGCUGAAGUUAUUCAGAAGCUACAGGAUAAAGCAACUGUUUUGACUCAAGAACGAAAGAAGAGGGGGAGGACCGUACCAGAGGACCUAAUCUCGCAUGAUUCCAUACGCACUUUCCACACGCUUGCUUCACAUCCUGGUCUUCAUAGUGCUAGUAUCCCAGGUAUUCUGUCUCUUGAUAUCCAUGGUGCAGAUACGAGCAAAAUAUUGACUGGAGGAAAUGAUCGCAAUGCCACAGUUUUCAAUAAGGAUACUGAACAGGUGGUGGCUAUUCUGAAGGGUCACACCAAGAAAGUUACACGUGUCAUUUAUCAUCCUGAUGAGGAUUUAGUGAUAACAGCAUCUCCAGAUACAACCAUUCGGGUGUGGAAUGUUCCAACAUCACAGACAACUCAAAUGCUUCGAGCACAUGAAGGCCCAGUUACAGGCUUGUCGCUCCAUCCAACAGGGGAUUAUGUUCUUUCAACAUCAACUGAUCAGCACUGGGCUUUUUCUGACAUAAGAAGUGGACGUCUGCUCACGAAGGUUGCUGAUCAAGGUUCAGGUUCAAGUGGUAUUGCAUUGACAACAGCCCAGUUUCAUCCAGAUGGUCUCAUCUUUGGUACAGGAACUUCUGAUUCACAAGUCAAAAUAUGGGAUUUAAAAGAACAGUCAAAUGUAGCAAACUUUCCAGGUCACUCGGGUCCUAUCACUGCUAUUUCAUUCUCUGAGAAUGGUUACUACUUGGCAACAGCAGCUGAUGACACGUGUGUUAAACUGUGGGAUCUAAGGAAGCUGAAGAAUUUUAAGACGUUACAAAUGGAUGAAGGUUAUGAGAUUCGGGAUCUAUGUUUUGACCAGAGUGGUACAUACCUUGCUGUUGCAGGGACUGACGUCAGAGUGUACCUGUGUAAACAGUGGCAAGAAUUAAAAGUAUUUAAUGAUCAUACUGCAAUGGCCACAGGAGUGAGAUUUGGUCGCCAUGCUCAAUACAUUGCCUCAACUAGCAUGGACAGAACUCUUAAACUCUAUGGUUUGUAAUCACAUAUAGACAGACUAUAUUCUUUCCUGUGAAGAAGGAAGAGAUUUAUCUGAGUAGAAUGUGAAUUUGCUAAUGUCACAUGGAUUGGUAUCUCAUACAAGAAGAAUUUUGAAUAGAAGAGAGUGAGGAGAUGUUACCUUCUUUCAUAACAAUCUCAGAGCAUAUUGCAUUUUAAGACAAAGUUUCGUUCAUGAUAUCUGUAUACAAUUCGUUCAUUUUUGCGAAGAUCUUGGCAAUAUUUUGUCAGUAAGUACAGUAGUAAUUAAAUAUUUAAAAUUGUAACAUGAACUGAAGAUGUAUUCUGUAUGUGUUGACAUUCCUUAUUUUAAUCCAAAAUAAAAUGUAUUCAGGAUAUCAGCAAAGAAUGCUGUGUUGCCUAAUAAUUAUUGGAUUAGUACAUUG